AUGGGAAUACAGCGGGCAAAAGUUGAGAGCAGACUGCAGCAGCCAUUGAAUGAAGUGUACAUACACCGAAGGCUGCCAUCUCCUGAGGAGGCGUUGCUGCAGCCUCGCUACAAUUUUUCUGUUGGACUUCACUUUCACGCUGCCCCGGUAGAGAAGACUCCCAACUCGGAAGCUGGGGGGCGCCCUCCUGCACUUGCAGAGCUGGCGCACGUGGCUCUGGCCAAUGUGCAGCUGUACCCUCAUGCGCAUAUCCGCAGCUCCUUCAGACUCUGUCUCAGAGUACAGCAACUGCACACAAAGAGGCCGCAGGAGCCAAUUGCUGCCACCGAUUGGGAGGCCCUUUUGAUCACUCUGUUGCCAAGCACCAACGCCCCCCAAGACGGGACAGAAGAAAUAAACCAACAACAAUGCCACCAACGACUCAGUUCUGAACUCAGCAAGUGGAAACCCCGGCCGCCUUCGCGGGGCUUCUACGAGCGGCGACUCCGCUAUUAUUUGUUGGAUAACGUGGAAACAGCAGCUGCAGCAGCGCGGCUACUGCUGCCUUGGCUUGAGGAGGAUGCGGCUGCAGCGUACAGAGGGGCUCUGGGGGGGCCCCAGUGCUACGGGCGUCCCCCCGAGGGUGAAGUAGUAACAGCAGCUACAGCUUCACAGGAGCAGCAGCAGCAAGAGCAGCAGCAGCAGCAUGAGGAACAACAGCAGCCGCAGCUACUAGACUUCCCGGGAACUGAUCCGCCGAUGCUCACGCAGCAGCAGCGCCCCUUUACCCCCUACAGCGCUAUAGUUCGCGAGCCGCAGCCCCCAGGUUUUCUCUGUCUACUGAGUUGUCGAGGCCUGCGCGGGCUUUGCACAGGCCUUAAUUUGUGUCACUACAGGAUGCAGGUGCUCCUCCCCCUGGCCCUGCAACGGCAGCUGCAGCGGAAACAGAAGAAGAUGCGAGUAACACGCAGGUCGUACCUCUGGGAACGCGAUCCCCAACAACCCCCUAUACAAGCCAAGGAAAAGUCACCCAGUCAUACUACAGAAGUUCGAGCCUUUGUGCGCGGCCUGUUCAAUGUGCCGCUGCGGCGGUUGCCUGCAAGUGUAGAGGAGUUGCAUGGGCGCUGCCGACUGGGGUGUACUGAAGGGAUUAAUGAGCUCCGCAUACACAUUACAGCCACCACUAAAGCAGUUCAGGGAGAAAAUCCCCACAUCAACCAAGCGGUGAGCCUGGCGCUGCCGGAGGCGGCUGCUUUGGAGGCGGGGGCGUUGCAGCGUCAGCGGGGGAGGUUGAGAAUCUCUGUCUUCGACGAAUUUUUGCAACAACCCAACACCAACAAGAACAGCUUCAAUAAUCCGUGGGUGUCUGCUGAACCUUCUGGAACCGCAGUCCCUAAAGUGUUGCUUGGGUAUCUUGAUAUCCCGUGGGCCUCUGUGAUAUCCUCUGCAACAAAAGCUGCAGCGGAUGGCGUUGAAUCUGCUGUUGCACUCAAACACCUCAGUACGCACAAGAACGACGAGCAGCAGCAGCAACAGCAGAAGCUAUUCAAUGAGGUGUUUGAUGUGAGUGCUGACGGAACCUGCUGCCUUUGCCUUUUAAACGGCUGCUUUCAGCUGCAACAGCCCAAAGGGCUUCUUACUCACAUCCACCUCUCCCGGCCCCACAGUCCCGAUGUUCCGACCGGUUUGCUGCUGCAGCUGUGUCAGCAGCAACAGCUACAACAGCAAGUACUGCUGCAGCACUGUACAGCAACUCCCUUUGACCUGUUCGUCUCUCUCAAGCUCGAGAUACGGGGGCCUGCUAGAGCCAUCUGCUGCAGCUUCCCUCGCACUCUAAUGCCCGAAGAGAUAUACCAGCAGCUGCAGCAGGAGAAACGGAAGGAGGAACAGCAGCAGCAGCAACAGAAGCAACCGCAGCAACAGCAGCAACAGCAGCGCGAUGAGCGGGGACCGCAUCUCUGCCAGCAACAGCAGCCACCAUUGCAGCAGCCGCAGCGGGAGCCGCAACACCAUGCGCACCUGCAGCAGGUGCAGCAAGAGCGGCAACAGCAGCAGCAGCCGCCGCUGCUGCAUCUGCAGCCUGGGAAGGAUUUGUGGGAAGACAGGAAUUUGAUAGAGUUGGACAAGAAGUGGAGACAAAAAGCGGGGAGGAAAGGAGUCAGCGGAUCUCCAUCUUCAAUUGGCAAGUACGUCUUGGGUAAGGGAGAAGAGUACUUCGUUGUGCGGUUGUCUCCUUCAGCAACAGCUCAAUUCUGGAACCCAUUGACAGGCGAAGCAAUGAACAUCACCAGCAGCAACCAGGCUACUCCGCCUGCUCCCAUUCAGCAGCAGCAGCACCAGCUGCUGCUGCAGCAACUGCAGCUUUGGAGCGAGGAGCUACAGGUGUUAAAGGCCCUCCGGGGUUCGAACGCCGAGAUGAAAGCGCUGCAGCAACAGCUUGCUGCUGUACUGCCGGUUGCGGAGGCCUUUGCAGCCUCACAGCACCGUAGCCUGCAGCAGCUGCAGCAGCAUCAGCAGCAGCAGCAGUGGUUAGGGCAGACGGCUGUGGGGGAACAGCGGGAAGGUGAAGGUGUGGUUAAGGAGGUGCUGCUACUGGAGGCCAGUCUAGCAGAGGUGCAGCAGAAAACAAGCUUGCUGCUGCAGCGUUGGCGUCAGCUGCAUGCAGCAACAGAAACCCCUUUUCCAUUUUUGUUGGGUGGCAGACAGCAGCCCAGAAGAGAAGGGCUGUGGCGAGUCUCUUCUUUGUCUUUGCUCAUCGGGAUGCAAAAUGCAUAUAUCAACUUGCAACCCAUGCAGUGUCUGAACAACUGGGAGACCCCUGCUGCAGCUGCUGCUCUUGCUGCUGCAACAGUAGCAGGGCAGACAGGGGGAUUUACACCUGAACUUGCUGCUGAAUAUACCGCAGAAGACGACGUGAUAAGGAAAAGCGUGCAGCAGAAACUGCAGCGAAAGCAUAAAUGGAGAUGCUUGGGACUGCCCACCUUAUUUGGUGCAGCCAGACGUUUCAUGAAGAGCAGCAACGCAUCAACUGCGUGGAUCCAGCUGUCCUUGAGCUGCGUCUCUUUCCUGGGCUGCCGCAGGAUUAACAAAGAAUACACGCUAGCAGCAAACACCAAUGGAGGGGUGCUGCAGCAAGCACAACGAAACAGCAAAAUCCUAUUGAUUCUUCUGCCAGAAUGCCAACGAAGAGAAGCAACAGCCGCCUAUGAAAACACUUUUCUAGCAUUGGGAGGGCUCCAUCCCCACGGCGCAGAAGCAGCGGCAGCAGCAGCAACAGCAGCAGCAGCUCAGGUGAUGGGAGUGACGGGCGAAGAUGCCAAGAGGGUGGCUUUGCUGCCGCCAACAGGCUGGGUUAGGCCGCUGGUGCAGGAGUUGCAGUUCACUGACGCUGAUGUCCGUACAGCUGGGGAGUUGGAGCAGCAGCUGCAAACAGCUGUGCAGCAGCUAAUCAGAAACCGCUACAGCAGCAGCAACAGAAGCAGCAGCAAUGUAGCUGGGUCGUCAUGGGCAGCAGCAGGUCUUGGCAGCGAAAGCACAGCAAACGAAGAACUUGUGCAGUGCAUAGCGUUUGCAGAGGAGCCUCUGUCUGGUGUGUAUGAGGUGUUGGGGUUGUACGAGGAGCGGUUGGUUGUUUGCAGGGGCAAUCGACUGAACCUUUUGCUAUAG